GCCGAAACCUGGAUCGAAGCUGAUCCAGCGCGCGGCGGACGGCAACCACAACCAAGACACCUUCGCCGCGAUCUGCCCUGCUUCCCUCGACGAUAUGAGCCUGGUCGAGGAAGACCUCACCCACGUCAGCUUCAAAGACCCAGCCUUCCUCGGAACGCUUGGUCUGCACGAGCACAAUGCCCUCGACUACUUUGCCCUGAGCCAGUUCUACGACAAAAAGUCCAUCAACGAGGAGAUUAUCAUGCAGUCUCGAUUCAACCAGCUCCAGGCAAACCAACUCAACAGAAAAGCCAUGAAGGGUAUCGAGUACGAGCUGGGAUAUUUCAGCUACCAGCCCAGUCUGUUUAUCAUCCGCAAGCUGUAUCGAACGGACGAGAGAAACGCUGCACUCAUCGGUCUCUACUACAUCAUCGAGGGAACAAUCUACCAAGCGCCGGACCUCGCCACGCUGCUUUCCAACCACAUGAUCACGUCGCUGCACCACGUCCAGAAAGCAUUUGACGAAGCCGUGACCUCGGUUCGGUACCACCCGUCGCAUGGGUACAUGUGGUCGAUCGACGAAGAGGCGAUAGUAAAGUCUGUGGCCAAGUCCAAGGAAGAGGCAGAGGCCUCCCAGGAUCCGGCCGGGACGGCGGUGGCAUCGUCGGUCCACCAGCGGCUCCAAGCAAUCGAGUUUGUCAACAGCGUCGAUGCCAUGGUCGACCAAGUCGAGUCCAUCUUUGAAAAUUUGAAGCAGGACGAUGCGUCGCAGCAGGGGCAGACCCACUGGGAGGCAGAUCUGGACGAGCUCAAGGCACGAGUGCAGGCCCGGCAUGAGGCGCAGAUGGCCGCUGCUUCAUCAGGCCGCAUUAAAGCCGACAGCGAGAUCCGGAUCAAGCGCAAGAAAAAGUCCAUGUCCGAGUCGUUCCGGGUCACCGGCCCGGCCUCGCCUUUGCCGGGAUCGGUCCUGGGUGGUCUUUCCAAGAAGAAAAGGCUGUGACGAUCUCGUCCUCGAUCGUGGUGCUCGAUUGUGGUGCCUGCCGUAAGACCUAUACCUGCAGCACUCUCCUGGAUCACGGACGAGUCCAAGACUACAACGGCGUGGUGCAUACAUCCAAGCAGCAGUAAUCAGUGGCGCAACAUUGAUCCACCCCGAUCGCCGCUGCUGUUGCCAUCGGUCCCAGCGGUGCGGUCUCCGCACGCAGAUCGGCCAUUGCUUAUGAAGAUCGACCCGGGCUCUGGAUACGGUGCGAUUUCGACUACAUAUUGCACACUGUAGAGCAAGAUGAACGCGGAACCGGCGGCAUCCUUGAAUGUAUCGGCGAUGUGGGCGGUACAGAUGUAUCCAAGGCAGGGCCGAUAGCCAUUGUCACCAACAAUA